UCUCCUCCCCAUUCAAUCGAAAGUUCAAGUCCACACCUCGCAACCCAUAUCUAACCUCUAUUUUACGACCUCAUCUUUAACAUUUACGUGUACAUAUCUGUAUUUAGUAUGGCGAGCGCUAAGAAAACAUACUUCCUCGUCCCAAAAUGGGACUUCCCACCAGAAGCCUUACGCCUUGGAAACCUCAUCGCCGACCCCGCAGAGCCUCACCGUCCCCUCAAUGCUACCCCGCCGCUCCGGACACCCCCCACUACCUCACCAGAUGAGCAGGCCACAAGCCCACCACUCAUCGGAAUCGACAGCCCGAUCUAUGAAACGACCAAAACUUCCUACACCAAAAUCGCCUCAGUAACCAAAAAGAAAUCCCUCUCCCUCAUCGCCCAGAUCAGCCUCAUCACUGGAAUCGGCGGCAACACUUCCCUCUCCUCGGCUAGAAACGAAGACCUCUCAUACAGCUUCCGCAGCAUGCACUCUGAAUGGUUCGUCCCGUCCAGUAGCUUCAUCUCCGCUGCUGUCGCGCAGCCAAAAGUCGCUGGGUUCAUUUCUAUGCUGUCAUCGAGGCGGCCGAUUUACAUGAUUACGGGACUCAAGCAUAUUACUGGAGUCGUCGCAUCAAGCCACUCGGGGAAAGAGCGGAGCGGAGGCGGCGGCGUGAGCGCCGAUGCCACGGCGUUAGGCGUGCCGCUAUCCGUGGGCAUUAAUGCAGAGAGAGGGGUGGGGACGGGAGAGACCGUCGAGUGGGAGUGUGAGGGGCCUAUUGUGUUUGUGUAUCAGCUUGAAAAGUUGACAAGGAGGAACGAUGAGUGGAAUGGGAAGGAGUAUAGUACUAAGGGGGCUUUUAUGGGUGUUGAAGAGGCGGCGAAGGAGGAUGAGUGGGUGGUGGAGGGCGAUAAUGGGAUUUUGGAGGGCUUGGAUGAGGAGGAUUUAGAGAUUAGGGGUGGUGGAUGGGAUGAUUUAGAAGAAGAGGAGUGCGUGUUGGUUGUUCCUAGGGUGUGAAUAUAUCGUUGUUUAGAUGUGAAUAAGCAACGAGCUUUGGGAUGGUCUGGCUCUCGCACGCCAUCGUCUCCACCACGUACGUUUACCCCCACCACGAACUCAACUGUAGCACUGUGUAUCCCUCACCCACUGUUUAUCCACUCCAACUAGCCUUAAAAGAUGGAUUACGUGCUUAAAUCCGCGGGGGUAUGGAGGGGUAACUUUCUUGAUCUUAUCUCAAGAUAUGUAGAGUACA